UAACAAGUAGUGUUUUAUGGAACUACUAAUACUUGUCAACCACAAAGCAUUACUGCUGUUAGAAUAACAGAAUCACUGUCAUCAUCUGUCCUCACCACUGUGUUUUCCUCUCUGCUGUUUACAGCUGAACUCUCAGUCAGACUGGUGAAUGGGACCACUUCCUGUUCUGGGACAGUGGAAGUCUUCUACAGAGGACAGUGGACACGUCUAUGUUUUAGUUGGUGGUGGAGAAUAAUGAUAGAGGCUAAUGUUGUGUGUAGAGAGCUGGAUUGUGGGAAUCCUGUAGCUGAAUCUAGAGGACGUCUGGUUGAAGAUGGAAGAAGAGGAGUCACACUAUAUAGUAUUUGCAGGGGAAAUGAGUCUUCUAUUAGACAGUGUGACAACAGUAGAGGACCUGGUGUCUGUGAUGGUGGAUAUUAUCAUCAUGUGACCUGUUCAGAGUCUGUGCGGCUUGUGGAUGGAGCUGGUCUCUGCUCUGGGAGAGUGGAGGUGAAGUCCAAUCAGUCCUGGGCCUCAGUGUGUGAAGCUGACUUUGACCGGCAGGAUGCAGAGGUAGUCUGUAGGGAUGUUGGCUGUGGGGCUCCUGCAGCUCUACAGGGGGGGCUCUAUGGAGAAGGUGAGGGUCAGACCUGGGAUAAAGAGUUCCAGUGUAAAGGCAAUGAGUCCCUUCUCCUGGACUGUGACACCUCAGACAGAGAGAACAACACCUGCCUACCUGGUAAUGCUGUUGGACUCACCUGCUCAGAGCCUGAUGAUGUGAGGCUGGUGGGAGGAGGCAGUCGCUGUGCUGGUGGAGUGGAGUGGUACGACCAGGGAGAGUGGAGGACUGUGGGAACUGACGACAGGAACCAGAGGGAUGUAGCUGCAGUAGUGUGUAGACAGCUGGGUUGUGGCUCCACUGUUUCAGUAGCACCUGGAAACAACACUGGAGGGAUUAGAGUUUUCUGUCCUGGGUCUGAGUUUUCACUGAGGGAGUGUAGAAGAACGUAUGAACUCCUUCCUGGACUCACAGUGAUCUGCUCAGAUGACUCCCACCAAGGGAACUACAGCUGUGUUUAUGACAAUUAUGUUUUCUCUCAUAACUUCUCCUCUGAGAGUGAGCUCCUCUCCCUCACCAUCACAGCCUCUCCUCUGCCAGCUUUCAUCAUCAGACACGUUGUAGUGCUGCUGAUCCUACUGACAACCAUCACCUCCUCCUACCUGUACUACAAGCCCACCAGGAGGCAGAAGAGAGUGAACAGGGUGAGCAGCAUGGAUCUUUAUGUCAAUGCCAUGGAGAUGGUCUCUCUGAGCUCCAGAGCUGAAGCUGGACCGAGAGGAGAGAGCAGCCCAGGGGACAGAGUAGGAGUAGAAUGAAGCUGACCCUACAUGCUGAUCUUAGGUCAGUUUUGUGUUUUAAAUCGAUGGUCAGCAGUGGACUGGUGUUUAAAAUGUGGUGACAAACCUGAAGUGGUUCUAAUUUUAAUAACAAGUUCAGAAUUAGUUUAUCUUUCUAGAACAUUGGAAGAAAUCUAAAAGGAGUGACUGCAACCACCAUUAUUCAUUUAGUUUGGUUUUUACCACCAGAGAAACAUGGGGUUCUGGGUAACAUGGGGUUCUGGGUAACAUGGGGUUUUGGGUAACAUGGGGUUCUGGGUAACAUGGGGUUCUGGGUAACAUGGGGUUUUGGGUAACAUGGGGUUCUG